AUGCUUCAAUCAAUGCUUGGAUCCCUAAUUGUGGGCUCAUUGUUUCUUGUGAGCCAACAAGCUCAAGCGGCUAUGGUUAUUCAAGUCGCUGAUGCCAAUAACUUUUGCACCUUUUUGCCUCCCACUGAUUCUACUGAUCGUCUCAUUGCCGACUCUGAAACGGAAGCUGAUGCUUUUUGUAUGGGCAGCACACCAAAAGCAACCGGUGCCGAUUCUAUUCCUUCAGGAUUCAUCCAAUCUGCCCAUUUUGUUGCUACAGAUGAUUACGUUCAGGUCACUGGUCAAAUUGAUCCUAGUAAAGCUAACUUGGAUCCCACUGAUGGUGGAGGACAGUACGACGUCAAAGCACCCGAUGGAGCAAGCUGCGCUGGUUAUGAGUAUUUCGUGAACCUUAUUGAGCCAUCCUCUAAUACCUAUUGUAUUCGCUGCUGUAAUUCAGAAUCGGAUUGCAACAGAGGAAUUAGUGAAGCCGGUUGCGAACGUAUUGUGCCUGGUGAUUAUAGUGGACCAAUGGGUGCUGGUUCAGGAGAAUCAUCUGAUACUCCAAACUCUUCCGCUGCACCAAGCAGCACCGAUUCUUCGUCUCCAUCUCCUGCUGAUCCAUCAAGAGGAAGCAGCAGCAGCGGUAGCAGCAACCCUAAUACGCCAUCCUCAUCUUCUCUUCCAUCACCAUCAUCAUCGCCAUCCAGUGAUAGUGGCUCAUCCCCUGCAGCUACUUCUUCAUUGCCAUCGGAUUCUACCGCAAGUGCUGGUGAUUCUUCUUCGUCACAAUCCUCCUCCUCGUCUUCUUCAGAUGAAUCCGUUUCGGCACAAUCGGUGGAUGAGAGUGCUGCUAACAAUAUCGGUGUCCGAUCCAUGACAUCGGCUUUGGUUGCUGUUGUUGUUGGUGUAGCUGUGGUGAUGUUGUAA